AAACAACCACAUUAUUGCGCGCAGCCCGGUCCUGGUGCCCGGCCGUUGUCACCCCGUCCCCGUCGAGGCGCCUCUCCCUCCACCUCGCCACUGCGCUGCCCUCUCCCCCUUCUUGCGCUCCUUUGCUAAGGCUCCCUUUUGCCGUUCGCUUCUGCAGGUGCUUGCUUUGGCGCACGCUUCACUUCGCCGGGUUGGCCUUUAGAAAGUUUCGAAACACUCCCUGGAAAUGCCCCUACCCGACUCGGUGUCAUGCAGUUGCUUUUAAGAACAUCUUUUGAGACUGCCAUCGCCUCACUUUCGCCAUGACAACGCCCGCGGAUCCACCCGCGUCUACUAAUACCUUCUCGAAUCCCGCAAUGGUCGCACAAGAUGACCAAGCCGCCCGUGAACCCACCAACGCCGACGACGAACCCGCCGGGCCAGACGCGCAACGACCGAACUCGCAGAAUCGCAACUCGACCGGCAGCCGGGUCCUGGGCAUGACUGGCCCCUCGGGAGAGCCGGGCCUUCCGCCGUCGCGGCCGUCCUCCAUUGCAACCGCGCAGUCGUCAAACCAGCGGAGGUGGUCGCAGGCAGCGCCGUCGCGGCGAGGAACAAAUGUACAAAGUGGCAUAGGGGCGGCCAGCGUGGCCGGAAGCAUGGGGGCCCAGAGUCGACCGACGACGUCUGCCAGCAGAACCCACGUCCCGCUGGCAGCGCAUGGCUUUUUCCGUCCGAUGAGCUCGCAGCGAUUGCAGCAGCAGCGCAACCAGCGGCCGACUUCCCUCCUGGGCCAUACGUCUCUCUACUCGGAAGGCACCACUGACUUCGUUGGAGGCAACCCUUAUCGCCAGAGCGCUGGAUCGACCAAAACAAUCAGAGGACAGGCGCCGCUUGGGCUCCACCAUGACUUAGACCAUCCACCCCCUUCGCGCGGAACAGACAUCACCGACCGAGACAUGCCCGACCGAACCACGGCAAACACGACGCCGACAGGCGCAGAGACAGUGCGCAGUCGCGGGGAAAGUAUAACUCCCCUUCAGCGACCAAAGCCGCAGCACCUGGACCUCUCCAAGACACUGAAGAGCAGCGACGCCGGCAAGCUUCCCACCCCCAGCAAAUCCCCGCGAUCCUUCAAGUCCAGCUUCAUAUUACCGAGCCGUGAAGGCAGAUCCUCCCAGAUGCGCCCCCAACAAGGCCAUGAGAAGCUUGCGUCGGCCGAAUCCUCGCCCCGGUUAACACGGAAAGAAACGACCAAGGAGAUUGUCAAGCGGGAGCUGGGCAAGAACUAUCAUUAUUUCUCCGGCAACACUGCCUUCUGUUGGGGCGGGCGCCUGCAAAAUACUCGCGACCGACCUGUGAACAUUGCGACGGGGAUCUUCGUUGUGGCACCCACUGGUCUCUUCUUUGGUUUCUCUGCGCCAUGGCUAUGGCUUCACGUUUCGCCGGUGAUACCCAUUCUGUUCGGCUACUUGUUCUUGAUCUCUAUUUCUUCUUUCAUACACGCGACUGCCUCGGAUCCAGGCAUCCUUCCACGGAAUCUACACCCAUUCCCACCACCUAAUCCUAAUGAAGACCCCCUGAGCAUUGGUCCUCCGACCACGGAAUGGACCAUGGUCGUGUCCGCAACCGGCGUCAAUGCGGCCAUGGAAGUGCCAACCAAGUAUUGCAAGAGCUGCAAUAUUUGGAGACCCCCGCGAGCUCAUCACUGUCGCGUCUGCGACAACUGCGUCGAGACGCAAGACCACCAUUGCGUGUGGCUGAACAAUUGCAUUGGCCGGAGAAAUUAUCGCUAUUUCUUCACAUUUGUCGUCUCCACGACCCUGCUGGGGCUCUUCCUGCUUGCCGCCAGUCUGGUGCACAUUCUGGAAUGGCGGGCACAAAACCACGCCACCUUUGGGGCAGCAAUCAACAAGUGGCGGGUUCCCUUCGCCAUGUGCAUCUUCACGAUACUUGGCUCGCCUUAUCCACUCAGUCUUGGUCUGUACCAUCUGUUUUUGAUGGCACGGGGCGAGACAACGCGAGAAUACCUGAACUCGCACAAAUUCCUCAAGAAGGACAGACAUAGACCCUUCACCCAAGGGGGCAUCUUCAAGAAUUGGGUCGCCGUGUUGCAACGACCACGGCCUCCGACCUAUUUGCAUUUCAAGAGGAAGUAUGAGGAGGGAGACCAGCGGUUCGGGCCCCGCAGGGGCAAGCGGACUGCGCCUUUAUCCGCCGAGCAGCAAGGCGGAGGACUCGAAAUGCAGGACGUACGCACCACGACCCAAGGCUUUCAGGGUCCGACGAGCCGAACACCACGGGACGAUGCUGGUGUCGGCACAGUCUAGGUACUUGUGUUUUCAGGGGAUGCGAUAUAGCUCAUUGACGAGAUACCAUACACUCCUAAUCAUAAUUACUUGUCCCAUGUAUCCAUGUACGUACACAGGAAGUGCAAACCGGCAGUGUUUGCGUCCACUGUAGGAUAGACGAGCCGUGGGGGCUCAGUGCUGCGGGAGAAGGAGGAGCUAGAGUAGGCGGCAGCUGUGAAUAGUAGUAAUUGAACGAAUCAUGACAGUCG